UAAAUACUAGCAUUCAAUGUUUGAAAAGCUUUUCUCCUUAACCUUGCUGAGAAAUACCGCUGGGUGGCGUAAUAAAGCAAGUCGUGGCCUCCGUUACAGAGGCGCAAAGCGGCGAUACUCCAGCUCAACCGAGCCCAGCCCCCCACACGGCAAACCGGCCUGCCUCGGUGCAACAGGGGAGGUAAGCGCGGCUGCGCCCGGAGCUCCAGCACUUGCUACUGGCAUUUUCACGCACGUCGGACUAAAAGAAAACUAACUGGGAAGUUUAUUUGGAUAAUUUUGAGAUGUUGCUAAUAUACCCCAAAGGCCGGCGUUUUCCAUAGGUUUUAUUAUAUCAGUAUUAGCUAACGGCAGCUAGGCACAAAGACGUGCAGUCAUCUACUAGCCGAUGUUGGCUAACUAACUAGCUUGAGGACAUCCUACUAUCAUACUCGGGUUAAUCUCUGCUGACUCGCUCUCUGUGCUGCGUUAGCUGUUUCGUUGUAGCCGUUUUAUCUGUACCACAAGUCAAGUGGCUGUGUGUGCUUUCUGCAGUCGCCACUCAUGAGUGCGACACUUGGAGCAGCGUUUCUGCGUAGCGGGCUUGUUUCGUGGUGCAUGUUUUCCAGCUAGCCGCGGCAGAGCUCGGGACUGAUUCUGGGGAUGUGGUGGCAGUAGAAAAACAAGCUAACGAUACUCUCGUCAGUACGAAGAAGUGAGACCAAGAAGUGAGGAAACACUUGAUCCGAGUGGGAGUUCUCGUUUUCUCUUUUUCGUUCAUUCUUUCUUUUUUCCUUGUUGUUUACGUUGGUCGUGAUCCCGGGCUGGAUGACGCUGACGCGGACCUGACAAUCACUGGACACGGCUGAACUGAAACGGGGAAUAUUGCUAACAGAUCGAAAGGAUUAUUUUGUGUCCCUUAAGUGGAUUUCGGCCUCUUGUUAAGGAUCUUCGUGUGAGCACAGCAAGUGUUUGACCCUCCAGCAAAAAUACCCUCUCUCCUAGAGCGACCUUUCCCCCCACAGCUUCACCCUCCGAUGCGGAGAUUGCAGUAGCACCGGCAACCAGACCCCCCCUCCCCUCCGGCGGCCGGACAUGCUGAAGUGUAUCCCCCUGUGGCGCUGCAACCGCCACGUCGAGUCGGUGGACAAGCGGCAUUGCAACUUGCAGACGGUUCCUGAUGAAAUAUUUCGAUACAGCCGCAGUUUGGAGGAGCUUCUCCUUGAUGCCAACCAACUCAAAGAGCUACCAAAGCCUUUCUUCAGACUACUGAACCUCCGGAAACUCGGCCUGAGCGACAAUGAGAUCCAGAGACUCCCGCCUGAGGUGGCUAACUUCAUGCAACUGGUGGAACUGGACAUCUCCAGGAACGAUAUUUCUGAGAUCCCAGAGAGCAUUAAGUUUUGCAAGGCCUUGGAGAUUGCAGACUUCAGUGGAAACCCCCUCUCCAGAUUGCCGGAUGGUUUCACUCAACUCCGAGCGCUCGCUCACCUGGCCCUCAAUGAUGUGUCAUUACAGACGUUGCCCAACGACAUUGGAAAUUUGGCCAACCUGGUGACGUUGGAGCUCAGGGAGAACCUGUUGAAGUCUCUGCCCACGUCGCUCUCUUUCCUGGUGAAACUGGAACAGCUGGACCUGGGCAGCAACGAACUGGAAGUUUUGCCGGAUACCCUCGGCGCUCUCCCCAACCUAAGGGAGCUGUGGCUGGACCGUAACCAAUUGUCCUCAUUACCACCAGAGCUGGGAAACCUUCGAAGGUUGGUGUGUCUGGAUGUGUCAGAGAAUCGUCUGGAGGAGCUCCCCUCAGAGCUGAAAGGCCUCCUGGCUCUCACAGACCUGCUGCUCACACAGAACCUGCUGGAGGUCGUCCCGGACAGCAUAGGGUCUCUGAAACAGCUGUCCAUCCUGAAGGUGGACCAGAACAGACUGACCCAUCUGACUGAUUCAAUAGGCGAGUGUGAAAACCUCACAGAACUUGUCCUGACGGAGAACCUGCUACAGUCGCUUCCUCGCUCGCUGGGCAAGCUGAAGAAGCUGACCAACCUGAAUGUAGACCGCAACCGGCUGGGCAGCGUGCCCAAAGAGCUGGGCGGCUGUGCCAGCCUCAACGUCCUCUCACUGAGAGACAAUCGCCUGGGCAAACUGCCUGCUGAGCUUGCAGAUGCCACGGAGCUGCAUGUGCUGGAUGUGGCUGGAAACAGAUUACAAAACUUGCCUUUCGCCCUGACAAACCUCAACCUGAAGGCCAUGUGGCUCGCAGAGAACCAGUCUCAGCCAAUGCUCAAGUUCCAGACGGAGGACGAUGAGCGAACAGGAGAGAAAGUGUUGACCUGCUAUUUGCUACCCCAGCAGCCUUCCCCAAGCCUAGAGAACCUGCUGCAGAACAGUGUAGAUGGUAGCUGGACAGACAGCAACCUGAACAGAGUGUCGGUCAUCCAGUUCCAGGAGGAGACCAAGGCUGAGGUGGAUGAGGAUGAUGAGGCUGCUGCAGAGCGUAGAGGCCUUCAGCGCAGAGCCACACCACAUCCCAGUGAGCUGAAGGAGAUGAAGAAAGGGAUUGAAGAGAGGAGGAAUGAAGCCUACACAUCCAGACAGGACGAGGAUCAGUCCCUGGACCCACAGGAAAAAAGGCUCAGUGACCUCUCCAAUCAGAGCCAUGACUCGCAGGUGUCUAACAGCACGCUGUCGGCCACCUCCCACGAGGACAGACAAAAUGUGACUGAGGCCUCUCACAUGGAGAACCGUGUGGACGGCCCUUCCCCUCAGGAUGAGGAUGACCUUGAUGAGAUGGAGGUGGAGUACAUUGAGCCCACUGUGCACUUUGCAGAAGAACCCAUCAUCCGAGGUGGGGACGAGGAGCACGAAGAGGAUGGCGAGGACGACGAGAGGAGUGACGAGGAAGACAAGAGGCCCAUGGAGAAACGUCUGAUAAGAAAGGACACACCACACUACAAGAAGCACUUCAAAAUCACCAAGCUGCCCAAACCCGAGGCUGUGGCCGCUCUGCUACAGGGCUUCAGUCCCGACGCCCUCAACUCUUCUACUCAGGCUGCCGAGGACGAGGAGGAUGAGGAGGAAGAGCAGAGUGAUGGCACUCCUCAGCACCGCCACAGAGUGGAGGAGGCAGAGGACAGCCGGCAUCAGGUCAACUCCAGCCAAGUAAAGGGGGUGUCAUUUGAUCAAGUCAAUAAUCUGCUGAUUGAACCUGCUCGAAUUGAGGAGGAAGAGCACACCCUCACCAUCGUGCGACAAACAGGCGGCCUGGGCAUCAGCAUUGCUGGUGGAAAAGGAUCAACGCCUUACAAAGGAGAUGACGAGGGAAUCUUCAUCUCCAGAGUGUCUGAAGACGGUCCUGCAGCCAGAGCUGGAGUUAAAGUGGGAGACAAACUGCUGGAGGUAAAUGGAGUGGACCUCCACGAAGCUGAGCAUCACACAGCAGUGGAAGCUCUCCGCAGCUCCGGUGCUACAGUCUCCAUGACGGUGCUGCGGGAGCGCAUGGUGGAACCAGAGAACGCCAUCACCACCACGCCGCUGAGGCCCGAGGACGACUACUUCCCACGGGAGAGGCGGAGCAGCGGCCUUGCCUUCAAUUUGGAGAACAGUCCAAGUGGGCCGAGGCAGCGGUUCUCCACCUGCCUCAUCCGUAAUGACAAGGGGCUGGGAUUCAGCAUUGCAGGGGGGAAAGGCUCCACGCCGUACCGCACAGGGGACACGGGAAUCUACAUCUCUCGAAUCGCAGAGGGCGGAGCGGCACACAAAGACAGCACGCUGCGUGUGGGCGACAGGGUGAUCUCUAUCAAUGGUGUAGACAUGACAGAGGCCAGGCAUGACCAGGCAGUAGCGCUCCUUACCGGCACCUCCCCCACCAUCGCCCUCCUGGUGGAGCGUGACUUGAAUGCACCAGGGGGCUCUCCAGGUCAGUCCCGGGCACGAGCCCACUCCCCUCCACCCCCAGAACCAUCAGAUUCUCCAGACCAGGACGAGGAAGGCCUCGGGAACCAUCUGAGCCGGAUGCAGGACGAGUAUCCCAUCGAGGAAGUUACCCUGGUGAAGUCUGGAGGCCCUCUAGGCCUGAGUAUUGUAGGAGGCAGCGACCAUGCCAGCCACCCUUUUGGCAUCAACGAACCUGGGGUGUUCAUCUCAAAGGUGAUUCCUCAUGGGUUGGCAAGUCAAUGUGGCCUCCGUGUUGGCGACCGGAUAUUAGAGGUGAACAGCAUUGACCUGCGACAUGCCACACACCAGGAAGCUGUGCGGGCCUUGCUGGCCAACAAGCAGGAGAUCCGUAUGUUGGUACGGCGGGACCCUUCACCGCCAGGAAUGCAGGAAAUCAUGAUCCAGAAGCAGCCUGGAGAGAAGCUUGGUAUCAGCAUUCGCGGAGGGGCCAAGGGUCAUGCUGGAAAUCCUUUCGACCCCACAGAUGAGGGCAUCUUCAUCUCAAAGGUGAGUUCGACCGGCGCAGCAGCAAGGGACGGCCGGCUGCAGGUUGGCAUGCGAAUUCUUGAGGUGAACAACCACAGCCUGCUGGGGAUGACGCACACGGAGGCGGUGCGAGUGCUCCGUGCUGUCGGGGACUCUCUGGUCAUGCUGGUUUGUGAUGGCUUUGACCCUCGCAAAGUGGCUGCAGUGGAGGCAUCUCCGGGUAUCAUUGCCAACCCAUUUGCAACCGGUAUUGUACGAAAGAACAGUAUGGAGAGCAUUUCUUCUAUAGACCGAGAUCUAAGCCCAGAGGAGAUGGAAAUAAUACAGAAGGAGUCUGAGAUGGUGAGAGAGACAUCACAGUGGGAGCGAGAAGAGAUGGAGAAAGUGGAGCGAAUGCGCUUGGAGCGUGAGGAGGCAACUCGCCUGCUAGAAGAGGAGACUGAGAACAUUGGCACUGGACCGCUAAAGCUCGACUACAAAACGCUAGCUGCGCUGCCCACCACGAGUCUGCAGAAGGUCAGCAGGGCGCCUUCCUCUGAUUUCACCAGGACGGAAAGCCCAAUCAGGGAAGCCCCUUACUCUCCUACUAUCCAACCGGCAAAUAUUCAUUACACCUCCACUCCCACUGUCAAGGACAACACCUCAUCAUCAACGCGACCAGGUGCCAUCCAGCCAGUGGGGCGUGUUCGGCCCAGCAACUCACCCGCCACGCCAGACGGCCACAGCCCCAACCCCUUUCAGCAUGGCCCCUCCCCCUUCAACUCCCAGACCUCUGACCUUUAUGGCACAAGGAACAACUUCCAACCAAAGCAACCUUCUCCAGAGCCUGAUUUGAACAACGAGGUGUUUGAUGACACCGAUGGUCGGGAGGGAGCUGGCGAGGGUCUGACCGGCAAGGUCUCCCCUCGGCAACCCCUCUUAUCAGACCGUCGUGAGUAUAUGAGCUUUGCAGCAGUGCCGCGCCGCUCCACGCCUUCCAUGGACCUGCAGAGCCCAUCAUUUGGUGGUAAGCACAGCCCAGAGCAGCGCUCUUUCAGGGACAGACAGAAGUACUUUGAGAUCGACGUGAAGCAGCAGACGCCAGAAAAACCCAAGCCUCGAGUCUCCCUCGUCGGGGAGGAUGACCUCAAGAAAAUGAGGGAGGAAGAAGAGAGGAAGUUUGAGCAGCGAGCGCGGGAGUACUUAAUGGAUGAUGACGACGAGGAUGAGGAUGAGGAGGACCUGGCUAAGCAGGUGGCACAGAUGAAGGCCACCGGAAAGGUGUUGCUGGAUGGAGUGGAGUACAAAGUGGAGCCGGUGUCCACCCCAUCGCAGCACUGCUCCACACCACCAAACUACAGCUCAGGGCCUUCCUCAGUAGAUGGCAAGGGAGACUCUCAGAGGAAUUCAUUGGAGGACAGCUUCAGGCUGGAGCAGAGGCCCAACUCAAUGACUGGUCUCAUCCCAGCUUACCCCGGGGAGUCAGCAGCUCCCAUCCGAACAGCCAAAGCAGAGCGCAGACACCAAGAGAGACUUCGUAUGCAGAGCCCCGAGCUGGCCGUGGCACCUGACAAGGACCUGUCCCCUGCAGAGAAACGAGCCCUGGAAGCCGAGAAGAGAGCAAUGUGGAGGGCAGCACGAAUGAAGUCUCUGGAGCAGGAUGCACUGAAGGCUCAGAUGGUCAUCGCCAAGUCUCGGGACGGGAAGAAACGUGGGACACUAGAUCAACUGACAGAGUCACCCUCGCCUGCACCAACGCCCUCUCCCACUCCUAUGGAGGAGCUCAGUCCUCGAGGAUUAACCUCGCCAGGCAGGCUGUCCGUGUCAACAAAGAAGUUUGACUACCGACAGUUUGCUGCCAUUCCUUCUUCCAAACCCGUAUACGACAUCCAGUCCCCGGACACAACUGACACAGAGUUAAAGUUCAUGGAUGACGGCUCCAGUAACCCAGGAACCGCCGCGAGCCCCGACGUCACCCCGCUGCCUGCCACCUCCGCCCUGGAGGAGAUGGCUCUGUACAGCAACAAGCGCAAACUGAGGCAGGGCCGCCGCAGCCUGGAAACCGCUGUGCCCACAUAACACCUCACCAACUGAAGAAAAACCCUGCAGACGUCACGCUAACAUACACAACUUUACAAACACUGUGGAGCACUGGCCUCAGAGGGGCGUGUGUCCACAGGAGGUGCAGAUUCACCAAACACUACACAUGCUGUCAGUAGAGCGAGAUUUACUCUGCCGUAUGUAACCACUGCAAAGUCUACGACGCUGAUAGUCGCCACACAGACACUUAGAAACCCGCGUGCCAGUCUUGCCUUUCCAGUCUGAGGGCCAGUUGCUCAACGGCCCCUCAGCGGCAAGAAAGCACUAGCGUUGUUAGCUAGGGUUGCUACUUAUUUUUUUAUUUCUCUCCAUUUAGCAUUCAGUUUGCCUCGUAGAAUCAGAUCUAUUUUAACUAGAGAUCAAAGCUUUUAGGUUUUUUUAAAAAAUUUGAAUUAUAAUUUCUAAGCCUUCAGUGAUUUUUGAUGCUUUUAAACAAAACAUACUGGAAGACAAACGCAGAAAAGAAAUGGGUCAUAGCUAUACUAACGUUUUCUUCAGCCGACAGGAGUGUGUAUGUGUAUAUAUAUAUACAUACACAUAUAUAUAUUAAACGAGUAGGGAACAUCCUGCUACCUUCACUGUCACAAAAUGUGGUGAGCUUUUUUUUUUUUUUUUUUUAAAGAGUACAUAUCAUUUUUGCACUGCCACUGAUCCGCUUUUUAAAGAACUUAUUCCUUCACCCUAUCCCGGCCUGGAGGCCAGCUGAUAAUGCGACUCGCCAUCUGUUAAUGAGUCACAAAAUCACAGCUUUCAGCCGAUUAUUUGCAUAUCACUUCAUUUUAUCUUCGCUUUUAACUCAUCAGUUUUGUCUGAGACAGCCAUAUUUACAAAUUCAAUUGCCUCAGUUGUUUCAUAUCCGCUUCACGGGGCCUUUAGCAACGUCGCAUUCCUCUGUAGAGAGUAUAACUGACUACAGUGGAGGAAGCAGCAUGGAGCAGGCAGUUUGGGAGCAUGCAUUUUGGCAUCAUUUUAAUAUUAAUGGUACUUAUCCUGCCCUGUUAAGGGUAAUAGUUGUUUUUUUUAGUCAAUGUGAAUCACCACUUUCCUUGCAUUAUGAGGAGGUUUGCCACAGUGAUGUGAAGGUAGCAGGUGUGUGUUUUUGUUGUUUUUAUUUUUUUGUUGUUUGUUUUUUUUCUGUCUAUGGUUAAUUUAAAUCUGACGCCACUGAAAAUCAUUUAUUAUCGUGUGAAUAAUGUACAAAUACUGAAAGGAAAAGCAAAAUUUGGGGUGUGAAACUGAGCCAGUCUUGGACCUAGACUAAACACGUGGACUGCUGAUGCAUCUAGGUUCAGGCAGGCUUGGCGCUGGGAUGCUCUCUGCAUGUAUAUUGGUUUGCUAAUGGGAGAGCCCUGAGAGGCAGAACCAGUUAGGAAAUCCCUCUCAAGACAUUGAUCUCACUCAGACUCUUCAGCUUACAGCUCGACACAGUGUCAGUGACGGGUAUUUCUGCAGAAUCACAGCAUCGUAGCAUUUUGUGUUAAUUUAAUGUAGUGUCUUCUAAUUAAAGCUUUCCAUGUUGUUCUCACUGACUGAAAUUCAGUUUGAUAACAUUCGCAACAGCUAAUAUCUUUUUUUUAAAAAUCUUUUAGUAGAUAAAUCUUUUUUUCCAGAUGGGGUUCACUACAUUUUUGAUGCAGUGUUUCAAGUUUCUGUGUUUAAUUCUUUUUGUCUUGAGUUCUCUUCGGGGGCUUUUACUUGCCAAUAGGCUGGAGGGGAAAAGGGUCACAUGUCCUAGGGUUGAGGGUUAUAGCUCAUACAAGACUGUAACUAGUGAAUUUGUACAACCAAAGAAGUCUAUUUUGUGGUUCAGGAAUAAUAAAUUUUACUUUCCAUGUAAAAAGCU